AUGUUACGGUGCAUUAAAAAGCUUUCAUUUUUAACAACAUCUUAUGCAUGCGCAGCUUGCGGGAUUAUCCCGAUGGUGGUCAUACUAUUGACGUCAUGUGUCGGGUUAAGUACGUACUGGAUGUAUUGGACGGAAGAAAUAUUUUUAAAGAUGCACAUAGCCACUCCGAAACCACCUCAUAAUGUGGAGAGUGGUGCACCUGUGAGUAGUUUUAUCUCGAAAGUAUUUGUUUCCUACGCACUACCGGUUCUGGUUACCUUAAGUAUUUAUUAUCAUCGCUGGCAGAUGAGGCCGAUGAUUCGGACUUUUAAUUAUGAUUUUACCGCUCUCUACUGCAGUCACCGAAAUAGGCAGAAAAGGUACACCAAUGGGCUCCCGGCAUCGGGUACAUUGGGUCAAUACAUACGGUUAGCUACUAAGCAAAUUUUCGAAGUGAUAGCUUUAGGGGUUUUGUGUAUCAAUCUGAAAACGUAUGAAGACAUAGAACAUAGCGAUGGAGAGAAUUUUCAAGUAGGCAAGUUAAUUUCAACAAUUGGGUUUAUGCUUCCGGCCAUCGUGUGCUUGCUUGUGUCGUUCGAAAUGGGCAUCAAUUUUUCAUUUAUUGCUAUCGCACUAAAUGCUUUAAACUCAUCCCUUGAAGCCUUCGCCAGUUCUUCCACCGCUCACGUAUGCCAAACGGUCCAGUAUAUGCGUGGAAAAGUCCGAAGCAGAAACGAGACUGUGCCACGAACAGCAGAUAGCAAGGGCGUUUAUCUACGCCAACUAGUAAUGCAAUACGAUAAUCUUGGCCGUGUUGUAGCUGAUAUGGUGCAAGUUUACUCUCCAAUUUUGCUCACAGUUAUUGGCAUGCAUUUUGUGCGCUUUACUGUACAGCUUUUCCUAUGCUAUCGGCAUAUGUCUCGCACAUCAAGUGAGCUCGCGAACAUCAACCAGCUUGGUCAAACGCUUGUGCUAUUGCUGUCUUCCAUCACUAGUGCAGUUCAAAUUAUUUUUCUUGUUGAUACAGCAGCUGACUUUAGUCAGCAGUUCGAAAACAACACGGUAGAUCUAAUAAGCAACAUCAACAGAAUCUUUUUGGACGAAAAGCUUUAUAUAAGAGAAAAGAAGGACAUAUAUAAAAGUCUAACGACAUUGUCAUUAAUAAUAAACAGAGUUCGAAGCGACUCUGAUUUGUACGGAUACUUUUAUCUGGAUCGAAGUCUGGUUAUGACGAUUAUAGCGUCUUCGUGUUCAUAUUUAAUUGUGCUCAUUCAAGUAAUGUGA